CAGCUCCGGGCGCCACAUGGACCCCGCCAGCCCGAGCGCGCGCCGCCGCUGACUGCCGCCCGGGAAGGCAGAACUCUGGCCACCCUUGAAUGUGAGAUCUGAGCCUGGAGUGACUUCUGAGGAAUCAAGCCAUCAUCAUGGAGUUCGUAAUGAAGCAAGCCCUAGGAGGGGCCACCAAGGACAUGGGGAAGAUGCUUGGAGGUGACGAAGAGAAGGACCCCGAUGCUGCCAAGAAGGAGGAGGAGCGGCAGGAAGCACUGAGGCAGGAGGAAGAGGAACGCAAGGCCAAGUAUGCCAAGAUGGAGGCAGAGCGUGAGGUCAUGCGACAGGGUAUCCGAGACAAGUAUGGCAUCAAGAAGAAGGAGGAGCGAGAGGCUGAGGCCCAGGCAGCCAUGGAAGCCAACUCAGAGGGCAGUCUGACGAGACCCAAGAAGGCCAUCCCACCGGGCUGCGGGGAUGAGCCUGAGGAGGAGGAUGAGAGCAUCCUAGACACCGUCAUCAAGUACCUGCCUGGGCCGCUGCAGGACAUGUUCAAGAAGUAAUGCCAAGCUGGUCAGAAGCCAGGAGCCCAAGACCCUGCCCCAUCGCCCCCUGUACAGACCCCCGCGGAGGCCCCCCCCAGGGAUGUUGGGAGCAGAUGCAGCACCCCCAAUGCCAAAAUAAGCCAUAGUCCUAGGUCUGUCCUUCUUGUGCCCCCAGGGCCCGCCUCGGGGCCUUGCCUGCCCCUCCCUGCACUGCCAUCCAGGGCCCCACUCCCAGGCCCUAGCAUUCGGUGACCGAGGCCAGGCAUGGCCCCUGCACUCCCAGCCUGCGGGUGUUGGACUCUCAUCCUGUCCUUGCUUAUCCCCCCACUCAGCCCGCCCAAGUCCCCGAGAGGGCUGGCCCCUUGACCACCCCUGGGCGCGCCGUCCCUGCGUCUGUGGGCGCCUAUGGGGGCCCAAACUCAGGAGCACAGCCAUAGUCAGAGCUGCGCAGCUGUGUGGUUGGGGUGGGCUCAGAGGUGGGCAGCAGGUGCCUGUGUCCCACCCCGUAGCCGGCCUGGGUCCUGAGCCCUCCCUGGUGCCUGGCACCAGGGUUUCUGGACCUGUUGGCCCAGCUGGACCAUGCUCGGUCUGCCUGCUGCACCCCACCCCUGACUUCCAUCUGCAGCCCUUGACGCUUGUCCAGCCAUCUGUCACUUUCUGUUGCUCCCUCCCUUCUUUCUUCUCUCUUUGUUCCACAGGUUUGGCUUCUUAGAAAUAUCAUGGCCAGCCGGUAGUAUCCAGUCUCAACCAGGGGAAACAAAGCAGUGGGCUUGGGAGGGGAGUUCUAGGCACACACGUCCAGUUUCUUUGCACCCUCUCCCCAUGACGCUCACUUUCUUGGGUCUCCCUCCCCCCCACUCCCUGUCCUCCACAGAGGGUGCUGCGGUUCCCAGGGGGCCCCUGCGUGUGCCCAAUGAACACCCACUUUCCAAGAAAGGCCUGAGACUCAGGGCCUUAGGAAACCAUGGGUGGAGAAAACGAAUGGCUGGGGAGUCUGGCUGACUCCUGGCUCUUCCUUGCCCAUCCCUGGGAGAGGGGGGGGCGGAAUGUGGUGCAGGCCUCUGAGGCUGAGGACAGCUGUGCUUGGCUCCCAGUGGGAUUUUGGCCACCUACCACUCUGCCUCCAGUCCUGGGCUCACCUCCAGUCUUGUUUAAUUUGCAUCAUAACAUGUUGAAUCUCAGGUAAAUGAGGUCUUCUGUAUUUGUUGAGUUUUUACCUUGACAGAAAGGCAGUCCUCUCCCAGCCCUUUCUGUCCACAUCAAAUCUGCUUUGUGUCCGCAAGCACGGGCCAGGGGCGUGGCUUGGCACUGACCUUCAUGACCUUACAUAGCUCUUUAGAGAAGCCAUAACAAUUAGACUGCAAUACUGACCACAAACACCCUCUGUCCAAAGAGACGAAGCAUGCCGGGCGCGCGCGCGCCCCUCCCGCCCCGCUAGCCCCGCGCCGCCCUCUGCGCCUCCAGGUCCGCGUCGGUUUUCUAAAUGCCUGUUUCCUCCUGUUGGUAAGACGGGGCGUCUUCUCUGUGAACUCUGCACCCUGUUCCCAGCGCGUAGCCCGCGGUGUUACCUGUCCGUCUGUCCUGGCGCCUGCGCCUCCUCCUGCAUGUGGGGGGCCUCGCGGUCUUCUCUCCGGAUGGAAUCACAGCCAAUAAACGGUGAUUUCACGCCC